CUCUGACCUCCGGAUCACUCUUCCCAGGUGUAUUUAGUGCCAGUCAGAGUCCACGUAGGUGGGGACUCCCAGACGUCCGUGACUGGUUGGGUGGUUUUGCUGAUCUUUGCUAUUAUAAGCAUUGCGACAGUGAAAGCCUCAUCUCUUGCAAGCAUGCCCAUGGGAAACUUUUCCUUGGUGGAAUGUCAAGGCCAAGGGUGUGAGGGCCCUUCACCUGCUGCCUGAGUCUUUUGUCACAGAGGAAGGGAUGCCUGCGAUGCCCUCCCAGGAGCAGGAGGGGAGCGUGGCUCUUCCUCUGCGCAGCCUGGAUGCCUCCCGCACUGCCGUCGGUGUCUGCAUGCCCAGACCGUGUUCUCAGCAUGAACCCAGUGUUUAUUAAAAGUGCAGUGUCCCCCUCUUUUAACAGGAAUCUUUGCCUACAUGAACUACAGAGUGCCCCGCACCAGGAAGGAGAUUUUUGAAACCCUCAUCAAGGGCCUGCAGCGGCUGGAGUACAGAGGCUAUGACUCGGCAGGUGUGGCAAUUGAUGGAAAUAAUAACGAAGUCAAAGAAAGACAUAUCCAGCUGGUCAAGAAAAGGGGAAAUGUCAAGGCUCUUGACGAAGAACUUUACAAGCAAGACAGCAUGGACUUAGAGGUGGAAUUUGAGACCCACUUUGGCAUUGCACACACGCGCUGGGCCACCCAUGGGGCUCCCAGUGCUGUCAACAGCCACCCACAGCGAUCAGACAAAGACAAUGAAUUCGUUGUCAUUCACAAUGGGAUCAUCACAAAUUACAAAGACCUGAAGAAAUUUCUGGAAAGCAAAGGAUAUGAGUUUGAGUCAGAAACAGACACGGAGACUAUCGCCAAGCUGAUCAAAUACGUGUUCGACAACAGAGAGUUUGAGGACAUCACAUUUUCAACACUGGUUGAGAGAGUCAUUCAGCAGUUGGAAGGAGCAUUCGCGUUGGUUUUCAAGAGCAUCCACUAUCCCGGAGAAGCUGUUGCCACAAGGAGAGGCAGCCCCCUGCUCAUCGGAGUGCGGAGCAAAUACAAGCUCUCCACAGAACAGAUCCCCAUCCUGUACAUGACAUGCAAUAUUGAGAAUGUGAAGAACAUCUGUAAAUCGAGGAUGCAGAGGCUGGACAGCUCGACCUGCCUUCAUGCCGUGGGCAAUAAAGCUGUGGAAUUCUUCUUUGCUUCCGAUGCAAGUGCUAUCAUAGAACACACCAACCGGGUCAUCUUCCUCGAGGACGAUGACAUUGCUGCAGCGGCUGAUGGGAAGCUCUCCAUUCACCGGGUCAAGCGUUCGGCUAGUGAUGACCCAUCUCGAGCCAUCCAGACCUUGCAGAUGGAACUGCAGCAGAUCAUGAAAGGUAACUUCAGUGCAUUUAUGCAGAAGGAGAUCUUUGAACAGCCAGAAUCAGUUUUCAAUACUAUGAGAGGUCGGGUGAACUUUGAGACCAACACAGUGCUCCUGGGCGGCCUGAAGGCCCACUUGAAGGAGAUUCGGCGGUGCCGACGGCUCAUCGUGAUUGGCUGUGGAACCAGCUACCACGCCGCUGUGGCUACACGGCAGGUUUUGGAGGAACUUACCGAGCUCCCCGUGAUGGUUGAACUUGCUAGCGAUUUCCUGGACAGGAACACGCCGGUGUUCAGGGACGAUGUCUGCUUCUUCAUCAGCCAGUCAGGUGAGACCGCAGACACCCUCCUGGCACUGCGUUACUGUAAGGAGCGCAGGGCCCUGACCGUGGGCGUCACCAACACCGUGGGCAGCUCCAUCUCUCGAGAGACUGACUGCGGUGUCCACAUCAAUGCAGGCCCGGAGGUCGGCGUGGCCAGCACCAAGGCUUACACCAGUCAGUUCAUCUCCCUGGUGAUGUUUGGCCUGAUGAUGUCUGAAGACCGCAUUUCACUACAAGAUAGACGGCGGGAGAUCAUCCAAGGCCUACAGACGUUACCUGAGCUGAUCAAGGAGGUGUUGUCACUGGACCAGAAGAUCCUUGACCUCGCCCAGGAGCUCUACACGCAGAGGUCGCUCCUCGUCAUGGGGCGGGGCUAUAACUACGCCACAUGCCUGGAAGGAGCCCUGAAAAUUAAAGAGAUAACCUACAUGCACUCCGAAGGCAUCCUGGCUGGUGAACUGAAGCAUGGACCCCUGGCGCUGAUCGACAAACAGAUGCCCAUCAUCAUGGUCAUCAUGAAGGACCCUUGCUUUACCAAAUGCCAGAAUGCUCUGCAGCAGAUCACCGCGCGCCAGGGUCGCCCGAUUAUUCUGUGCUCCAAGGACGACACCGAGAGCUCCAAGUUUGCGUAUAAAAUGAUUGAGCUGCCCCACACGGUGGACUGCCUGCAGGGCAUCCUCAGCGUGAUCCCCCUGCAGCUCCUGUCCUUCCACCUGGCUGUUCUCCGAGGAUAUGAUGUUGACUUCCCCAGGAAUCUGGCCAAGUCUGUAACUGUGGAAUGAGAAGAACAUGAGGAGACCAUCACCACGUUUAAUCUGGUUCAAGACUGUCCCAGUGAGGCCAUUCUCAUCUCCUAGAUCCCAGUAGAGCUUGACAGCUUCCACGUGCCUUGUACCCAAGAGCUUUGCUUACGGCAGAUACUGUUUCUCUGUGUCCUGAAGUCGCCAGCGGGGAAGGGACUCAUUGUUUACAUGGGGAUCAGAGCGGACUUUUCCACCACCGUGCAAUAUAUAGCUCUUUUCGAGUAACUGUGAACCUUUUUUAAUCAACACUAGUUAGUUUUAAAAAACAAAAUAUUUAUAAUGACAAUUGUAUAGCUUUUAAGUUAUUUUUCUAGUAUGUGGCUUUCUGUAGCCGCGGUCAUGCCCAGACUGUGCCCACGGCCACCCAGUGCCCCCAGUCUCCUGUCGGGCGGCAUUCAGCUCAGAUGUGAGCACAAGGCACUGCCUCUGACUCUUUUCUCCUUUCCCUUCCUCUCUCGGCUGCUCCUGAAUCCAGUCUCGACGUCAGGGAAGCUUCCCGGGCUUCCCCCGCCUCCUGUAAGCCCUGUUGGAAUCUCAGCUUCCUUCCAUGGUUACCUCCUGUCUAAAUUCCUCCAACUCACCCACUUUCUUUUUCAUCUGACCAUGGUUCUUUUUAAGCACAGGCAGCAUUUUGGUCCUUGCUCUUGCCCAUAGUAAAAAGGCCUGAAAUGUCUCAUGCGAGAGAGUAGUUUCAAGUGGGUUCCCUUGCCCUCUAUUUAAAAGCGUGUACAAUCAAAGAACUAUGCAAUUUUAAGACAAUAAAGACAGUACACAUUUUUGUCCUGUG